AAUGAGGUUGGUUGGUGGUGGCUGCGAGCAUUUUCUCUAAGGGAACCCUCUUCUCUUCCAGGUCUACACAUUGAAAUCAGUCCUGCCUUUUGGCAUUUGGGUAGAGGAGGGAGGUGUCUGUGUCGGAGGCCCAGUGCUGACAGGAAGAAAUGUUUUCCAGGAGGCUUACUGAUUCUGACCUUCUGCUGUCACUGCUUUUAAUGCCCACUCCCUAAGGAAACCUGGGAUUUAGCUGUUCUUGCAACCCUCAGUGCUGCAGAAAUGAAGUACCCACUUUAACCUAAAGAACAAUGCUAAUUAGAUCUUCAGCAAAUACUAAAUGGCCUCUUUAAGGAGUGAGGGAAGAAAGACGGGUUUAUUGCCACACUGGCCUUUGGAGUCUCACAUCUCCCCCAGCAUACUGGAGGAGAAGACCAAGAAUCAUCAUCACACGUGCAGGAUUCUGCCCCUCUCAUGGAUUGUCCUGAAGCCGGGAAAGGACAGCUACUCGGCAGUGUGCCUGGCCCCUUAUCACAGUUUGCGGGAAGUGCUGCAGUUGAAGCUCCAGCAGCGGCGGACGCGAGAAGAACUGGUGAGCCAAGGGAUCAUGCCGCCUUUGAAAAGUCCAGCUGCGUUUCAUGAACAGAGAAGGAGCUUGGAGCGGGCCAGGACAGAGGACUAUCUGAAACGCAAGAUUCGUUCCCGGCCAGAGAGAUCGGAGCUGGUCAGGAUGCACAUUUUGGAAGAGACCUCGGCCGAGCCUUCCCUUCAGGCCAAGCAGCUAAAGCUAAAGAGAGCCAGACUGGCCGACGACCUCAACGAGAAGAUUGCACAGAGACCUGGCCCCAUGGAGUUGGUGGAGAAGAACAUCCUGCCUGUGGAGUCCAGCUUGAAAGAAGCCAUCAUUGUGGGCCAGGUGAAUUACCCGAAGGUAGCAGACAGCUCUUCGUUCGAUGAGGACAGCAGUGAUGCCCUAUCUCCCGAGCAGCCUGCCAGCCAUGAGUCCCAGGGCUCAGUGCCAUCACCCCUGGAAGCCCGAGUCAGCGAGCCACUGCCCAGUGCCACCUCUGUACCCCCCACUCAGGUUGUGUCUCAACUCCCAGUGGGCCCAGAUUCUGGAGAAACGCUUUUCCUGGCGGAGCAGCCUCCUCUGCCCCCCAGCCUCACCAACGGAACCACGGUCCCCACUGCCAAGCCCACCCCCACGCUCAUUAAGCAAAGCCAACCCAAGUCUGCCAGUGAGAAGUUGCAGCGUAGCAAGAAAGCCAAGGAACUGAAGCCAAAGGUGAAGAAGCUCAAGUAUCACCAGUACAUCCCCCCGGACCAAAAGCAGGACAAGGGGGCGCCCCCCAUGGACUCCUCCUACGCCAAGAUCCUGCAGCAGCAGCAGCUCUUCCUGCAGCUGCAGAUCCUCAACCAGCAGCAGCAGCAGCACUAUAACUACCAAACCAUCCUGCCAGCCCCACCAAAGCCGGCAAGUGAGGCUGUGGGAAGCAGUGGGCCCCCCCCAGUGCGCAGCCUUUCCACUACCAGUACCGGCUCCAGCUCAGGUGCCUCCGGGCCCAGUGGGCUUGCACGUCAGAACAGCACCUCACUAACUGGCAAACCGGGGUCCCUGCCUGCCAAUCUGGAUGACAUGAAGGUGGCAGAGCUGAAGCAGGAGCUGAAGUUGCGGUCACUGCCCGUCUCAGGCACCAAGACAGACCUGAUUGAGCGCCUGCGUGCCUACCAAGAACAAGUCAGCCCUGCCCCAGGAGCCCCCAAGGUCCCUGCUGCCACCUCCAUCCUGCCUAAGGCUGGCGAGGUCGUGGUAGCCUUCCCAGCGGCCCGACUAAGCACAGGGCCUGCCCUGGUGGCAGCAGGCCUAGCCCCAGCAGAGGUGGUGGUGGCCACAGUGACCAGCAACGGAAUGGUGAAAUUUGGCAGCACGGGUUCCACGCCCCCCGUGUCUCCUACUCCCUCAGAGCGUUCACUGCUCAGCACGGGCGAUGAGAACUCCACACCUGGGGACACCUUUGGAGAGAUGGUGACAUCUCCACUGACCCAGCUCACCCUGCAGGCCUCGCCACUGCAGAUCCUUGUCAAGGAGGAGGGUCCCCGGGCUGGGUCCUGCUGCGUGAGCCCUGGGGUGCGGGCAGAGCUGGAGGGGCGUGACAAAGACCAGAUGCUGCAGGAAAAGGACAAGCAGAUCGAGGAGCUGACUCGCAUGCUCCGGCAGAAGCAGCAGCUGGUGGAGUGGCUCAGGCUGCAGCUAGAGCAGGAGAAGCGAGCCCAGCAGCCUGCCCCGGUCCCUACCCCAGCCCCGACCCCUCUUGGUGUCCCAGUGAAGCAAGAGAAUAGCUUCUCCAGCUGCCAGCUGAGCCAGCAGCCCCUGGGCCCUGCUCAACCCUUCAGCCCCAGCCUGGCAGCUCCUACUACCCACCACAGAGACCCUUGUGCCCUGGUGCCCCCUGCGGUGGUGGUGAAGCAGGAAGCUGUGCUGCCUGAGGCAGAGUCAGCCCCUGCACCCCAGCUGCUUCUGGGCCCACAGGACUCCGGCCUCAUCAAGGGGGUUGCACCUCCCACCAUCAUCACUGACUCCACAGGGACCCACCUCAUCCUCACCGUGACCAAUAAGAAUGCAGACAGCCCUGGCCUGGCCAGCGGGAGUCCCCAGCAGCCCUUGUCCCAGCCUGGUUCUCCAGCCCCUGGCCCACCAGCCCAGAUGGACCUGGAGACCCCGCCACAGCCUGGCUUUGGGACCCCCACUUCUCUGCUGAAGAAGGAGCCGCCUGGCUAUGAAGAAGCCGUGAACCAGCAGCCCAGACAGCAGGUGAAGAAGGAAAAUGGUUCCUCAAGUCAACAGAUGGAUGACCUGUUUGACAUUCUUAUUCAGAGUGGAGAAAUUUCAGCGGAUUUCAAGGAGCCACCAUCCCUGCCAGGGAAAGAGAAGCCUCCCUCGACAGCAGCCUGUGGGUCACCCCUGGCCACACACUCCCCACCCUCUGCUGAGCUUCCCCAGGCUGCCCUGCCUCCAUCGGCUUCACCUGCCCUCCCUGGGCGCCUGGAGGACUUCUUGGAGAGCAGCACAGGGCUGCCCCUGCUGACCAGUGGACAUGAGGGGCCAGAGUCCCUCUCCCUCAUUGAUGACCUCCACAGCCAGAUGCUGAGCAGCUCUGCCAUCCUGGACCACCCCCCCUCACCCAUGGACACUUCGGAAUUGCACUUUGCCCCUGAGCCCAGCAGCAUGGGCCUGGACCUGGCUGACGGCCACCUGGACAGCAUGGACUGGCUAGAGUUGUCAUCAGGUGGCCCUGUGCUCAGCCUGGCCCCGCUCAGCACCACAGCCCCCAGCCUCUUCUCCACAGACUUUCUUGACGGCCACGACUUGCAGCUACACUGGGAUUCCUGCUUGUAGCUUUCAGGUUUGCCAGGGGACUGAGGGGCUGGAAGUUGGGAGCCUGGGGAACUCUAAGGGAGCUCGGCGCUCUCUUGCCUGAUUCAGCCUCUCUGCGCAGUUGUGAGUCCUGACAAUCACAGGCCCUGCUUUUCCCUCCCUGGCUCAGGCUCACUCAAGAGAGAAGCUGCCAAGCAGCAGCUCUGGGUCCACCCCUGGGUUUGAGAGACCUGGACAGGCCAGGGGUGUUUAUUUGACCUCCUUUUGUGAGGUUGGAGGUAACCUGUCCAGCUGCAGUUUGCUCAGGUGGGCAAGGCAUGAAUCCCCUCCCUUCCCUGUGAGGGAAGAAACAAGCUGGGCCUCUACCUCCCAUUCCCAGUGAUGCCAACCCCAGGUUCCUGGGAAGGUGGGGGUUUGUUGCGGGGUGAGGGGAGCUGCCACGUUAAUGUCUUGGUGUAGUGUAACCAUUUAGUGGUUGGUAGCAAAUGUGUUCUGUACAGGUGUACAUACCUCUAUAUUAUAUAUCGCCAUACAUAUAUACAUAUAUUUUGGGGGGUAGGAGGAUGCAAUUCCUCCCAUCCUACUGUGCACAUACGGAAUGGCCUGGAGACCACCUCUUCUGGGGUCCCCAGCUCCACCCUUCACGUGUGUUUGACAUGUAGACACCCCAUCACAGCCUGUACCCCACCUGUCCUGCUCCGUAUCAGUGCCACGAGGGCAGAGGUGCUUCCUGGUCCCCUGCCCACAUUCCAUCCUGCUGCCUCACUGCAGCCACCACAGCCCUGGGACAGGAGGGGCAUUAGCCACAUAGUGGGGCCAGAGGUAGCCCUCAGGCUAUGGCUUCUUUCUCUGCUGGGGCCGAGCCUCCCUUCUGGCCUGUCACUGUCAUCCACAGGGGCCUGGGGAGGGAAUCACCAAAACCAGUGCUGGGACAGAGGUGGGGAAGCUGUGUGAACUUUUUAAAAUAAAAUCAGAAACCCCAGUUUGUUAGCCUGCGUUCAAUCUAUGGACAAGGCAGUUGGUACAGCUGGGCCCUAGGCCUUCUAGCAUCUAGGGGCCAUGCCAUAACCCCACCUUCCCAGCCAGGCUCUCCAUUCUAGACCAUUCCAGAAAGGGCAGCAUGUUGGACAUAGAGCUCCAUGGCCCCUACUGGACCAAAGACAGAUGUGAUUUCUCAAAAAGACAAUUUAUUUACAAACCAAAGAGGCCAAGGAGCCUUUAGCCAUCCCCAUUCCUUUCCUGAGUGAAAACUGACAGGUGGCUCUCUACCUCCUCACGAGGUUUAUGACCAGUACAAGUAGUAAAGUUGGGGCCCAGGGCCUACAAAAAGACACUGCGUGGAACAGACUGAGCCAGGCCCCCCACCUUGUGCUCCAGGGCAGUGCCCCUUCUCUCUUUACCAUGAUGCCUGGCCAAAGCUCCAGUGUCUUCUCCCCUUGCUCUUUCUGGGCUACCUCAGCCCCUGUCCAAAGCAGGGCAGUGCUGCUUUCUUGCUGAGGAAGGAGCUGCUCUGGUAGCCGAUAUGUUGGGAGGGGUCUGGGCAUGACAGGGCCACUGGAGGAAGAGCAUCACCCAUCUAUGUCCCAGCUGAAAAGGUGGUGCUUCACCAGCAUGUCCUGGACGCCUUCCUUCAGGGGCUUCUUCUCCUCCUGCACACAGGGACAGCCCCUCACUGUCUGGGGCCACACAGCAUGGGUUGCUGGGGCAAACAGUGAAGAAGCCCAAGGUGGCAGGAGCCAUUGUCCUUUAUAGACAAUGCCAGCACUCAGGUGAAACCAUACGGCCCUGCCUCAGCCACCCAGGAAACCUUUGGACUGAUCUGCCAGCACACCCACCGCAGCAGCCCCUUCAGGAGAAAGAUUGCUGGGCCAAGCCCCAACCCCAACCACCUACCUCUCUCUUUGCAGGAAGUUCCCAGUCCUGGGAGAGGCUGAAGGCAAAGCAGCAGAGGACACUGGAGGGAGGAAGGGGAGGCUGUCAGUCACGCUCAGGUUGGCUCUUUCCAACCUCAGACCCCCAGGGUCACUGGACUGGGUUCCGGAAGCCCAGCACCGGGGCAGGGUCCUUACCGGAGCUCACACUUGAUCUGGACCCAGCCGGGGCUGCGCAGGAAGGACCAAGGCUGGUACCACUUUUCCACAGUAGGCAGGCUGGAGCAGAGCACCUCCAACCACAGGUGUAGGACCUGUUCACUGGGGGUGGGGGGCAUCCAUAGGGUCUUCUGAGGACCAUGGGUGGGGCUCUGGAGCUCCUCUAGCCACAGCCCCUCUCCCUCCACAUCCUUUACUCUCAGCCCUUUCCUCUCUGCAUCCGAGACAGUUACUGCCUCCUGCCAAGCACAGGGACCCUGAGCCCUGCUGGUCAGUCCAGAGUGAAGUACAUACUCACCAGCCUGGUGGGGCCACAGCCACAUCCUGAACUUGUCUCAGGGACAUUUGUUCCUUUGCAAACCAGCCCUCCUCCCACCCCAGGUGGUGGCAAAUCCAGAAACAUCUCAUUCACACAGGACUGAGUCUCACAAAUGCCCAAGAGCCCUCAGGCAGGGCUCCCCUCCCUAGUUUGCUAGACUCAUAUCUAGGAAGUCCCUUCUCUGGUCACUUUGCUAAAAUCUGUGUUUGAUAUAACCUUCAAGUGCCUUCCCUGGCCACAAAGCAAGAGCUGGUCUUGUGCUAGAGGAAGGCCUUUGGGUGUCACCCUUGCUGCCUGCCACUUGUCCACCUCCUCGGGGUCCUGGAAGGCCCGGCUCACAGGCCCCUGCUCCCCGACAGGGCUGCCACUUGUCCAACUGUGGACUGUCACACCUGCAGCAGGAGCAGACACUUACUUGAGCCCCACACAGAUGAGGGAGCGGAGCUUCACAUCCAUUUGCGCAUGUGCGGCAUCGUGGGUCACGUUCACAGACUGCACAGCCUGGGAAGACAUAGCUGUCACUCAGAUGCCCCCAGGUGCCAGCCCAGGAGCCAGGCUGCACCCAAGGCCCCACCUACCCGGUAGAGCAGCUCCUCCGGGGUCAGAACUUUGCCGUCUUCAUCCAACCUGGGGAAGUGGGGAACGAAAGCUGCCUGGUGUGCAGGCGUGGGCUGCUCCCUCUCCCCCCCCCUGCCCAAGGAUGCCAGGAUGCCCUGCCAGGGGAGGGACUGAGGCCUGGUUACCUGUAUGUCUUACACAGCACCAGGCGAGAAUACACGGAGUCAAAGUCUCUCUCUACUUCUCGGCCUGCUGCCUGAGGGCCGGGGGAUAGUGUUAGGGACAACCGGGUAGGUCGAAGUCACGGGGUCCAAUUAAGCGCAAAUCACCACCCCAAAAGCUCCUGCCACCAGCUCCACAGAGCCCAGGGGCUUGGGGAGAAGAACACUGUGGAACAUGGGUCUAGCCACUGACUCACCUCCUCAAUAAACAGCCAGGGGUGGCAGGCACCCCCAAGCAGGGAUGGCUUCUUCAGUCCGUGUUCAAACAGAGCCUUCAGGGCUGGGCAGAGGGUCCCUCGCACAAGAUCCGUGACCCCCUCUGUCACUGUGUCAUCCCCAGCGACGGAGUACUGAUGGUUGGGGAUAGGGUCUGAGAGGCCCCAGACUCACACCACCCCACCCUCUCUCCCUGUCCUCACAUCCACAGCCAUAUGCCAGAACUUGGUCAGGACACAGGCCCUGGCUAGGAGGGCACAGGCCUUCCAGGGUGGAGGGAGCAGCAUCUCCCAUGGCAGCCCCACCCUGUGCCCUGCUUACCUCUUUGCUCCGUUCAUCCAGGACUUCCACAAACUUGGCUGGAAACCAACCUGUGGGAGAGGCAGGGUCCUGUGAGGAGCCUAGUGUACCCACGCUUCCCCCCCAUGGUGCUGAGGACAGGCUCAGCCCAGUUUCUGGCCAGGAGUGGGAAGGCAGAAGGGCUGUAGCUAAGAGUGACCAGCCUUACUGCCCAGCCCACCUCUCCCACCUGGAGACCAGACCAAGGCCUCACCUCUCAGGCCAUUCAGCUCCCCCACCCAGCAGUGCUCAUCCUUCUGAGAAAUGAUCUGCAGAGGAAAAGAACAGGAGGCAGGUCUUGGUUGCCUGGGCCCAGUGGCUUGCACACCUGGUUUCAUCCUCAGCCAAGCCAAUGGAAAUUCUUAGCAGGGAGAGGGCCCGGGUGAAGGUAGAUAAUCUGCCACAGCCUUGGGGCCAGAAGAUGGUAGGACCAAUGGCACCUGCUCCCAGCAACCAGGAUCCACCUGCCUCUGAGCACCCACCUCCCGAGGCUCGCCUUACGCACUGUGAUGAUGUCAUUCUUGCGGAAGCCCAGCUCAUCAUCGUCAUGUCUCUCAAAGUCCAGCAGGGCUUUGGCCCGGCGCCGGUGGCUGCGUGAGCAGGCCACAUAGUUCUCAUGGUCCCGCUGGUGGCUCUCCAUGCUGUAGUCUGGGGUCAGCUCCUGCCAGAGCAGUGGGAAGGCCCACCAAGGAAAAGGUGCCUCAGGAUGGGGAUGGGGAAGGAGAGCCCCCAAGUCAAGCAAGACACUGGGCUCAGGACAGGGAGCCUGCAACUCACCACAUUACAGUUUUUGGGGUCAGUGCACUGGAAAUGGCGUGCCACACGCAGGAUGGCUUCUCGGAGGUCAGCCAGCAGUUCUGUCUGCUUGAUGUUCUUGGCCUUGAGUGCCUCCAGGUCAUCCUCCCC